AUGAACCGAGAAGCGCCGUUUCUAAAGCAAAUGAUCAAUCCGUGUGAUAUCAACUUGGCCCGAAGCCGACUGAGUGCCGCUCUGCAGCUGGUCAGGGUUGAUCAUGCCAAUGCGUCAGCCGCCACAUCGGACACGAAAGACGCGUAUGAGGGAACAGACGAUACGAACAAGGAUGCUAAGUUUCCUCGAUGCGUUUCCUCCUUAAGCAGAAUGUGUAAAAAACGAGGAAGAACGACGCACAAAAAAGUUAUAUUCGAACUUCGGCAGAAGUCGUUUGAAAUACAGAACGUAUACGAACAGCUUACGUUAUACUCCUUAUGUCGGACAUGGCUGCUCGGAAAAUCAGAAACUUCUUUUAAGCAAGACAAAUGUAUUCAGACGGUGAUUAAAAGUGAAUUUGAUGGCACAACUGAACCUGCUGCUCAAAUUGAGACCGUUGCAACGAGUCAAAAUGUCUAUCACAUGCCGGCGGCUUCAGAUCAGAACGACGAAGUGUGUGAAGAGGCGCCCAGGAUACAAAGUGACGCGCUGAGUCCGCCUACUGCUCAAAGCAUACUCUUAGAGUACUUGCCACAUUGGCGCAAUGUCAGGAAGUAUUGGCAAAACAAAUGUCGAAUGCGAAGCAAGCGCUAUGAAAAGAGCCUGAGCUUGCUUCGAACCAUGUUCGCUUUUGAGUGGAAAACGGUGUCAUUCCGAAAAUUAUUGUACGACCAGUACGUCGAAAAGGAGGCAAAACGUGUGAUUGCUUAUGUUCGAUACUUGCUUGUUUGCUGUGCGAAAAAUACGCCCCAGCCUGGCAACCAAGGUGGGCAGCGUCACAAGAAAUUUUUGAAGCUGUUGUCUUUGACCGGUUUGGAAGAAGUGGCGAUCGUUAUUUCGUUGUUGCACCUUCACGCGCCUCAUACGAGCGAAACUCGUUUUACGUGGUGCGUGGCGGACAUAUCUCUGCGGUCGUCGUUAUCGUUACUUCCGUCCCUCAUUUCGGUGUUCCUCAUCGUUGUCGCGUUCUUCACCGCUGUCGCGGACAGUAGCUCAGUCGAAUAUUGCCCGCGAAGCGACGCAGAAGAGAACCGCGCCGCCGCUGCCGCCGACGACGACAUGGCAGACACAUUCUCCAAGAACCUUCGCAAAAAGACGUUCCGAGCGAAGGAAAAGCUGCUCGAAAGUUUCGGAAAAGCGGACCGCACCAUCGACGAAACCUUCGAAGAGAACGCGCAGAAUUUCUACAAGCAACAGGCAAUACUUGGCCAACGUUACCGUCCUCGAAUGCCGGACUGCUUGGACUGCUUAAUUGUCGUACCGAUGUCCCAGCUUUGCAAGAUGUGUUCUUGCGUUUCGAGACUUGAGGAACGGAUUUUUGCCAUUAAUCCGUUUUUGUUCUGUCUGAUGACGAAGCUGGGGAGGUACCGCACAAAAAAGAGAAUCACGAACAAACAGCACGUUUGGUUUGUGUUCGAGUGGCUGCAGGAAUUUUUUUGCGCUAGUCGCGACGAGCGCGUGCUCAAGUGCUUUAGUAGGUAUUUGCCGGAGUCAGAAGAAUGA